AAUUCGAGUGACGCACUUUGCACAUUUGUGAACGGUUCGUGGGUGGGAAAAAAGUGCGAUAAAAGGAGCUCACCGCACCUGCAAGUGAUUAAUUACAUUGGCAACACAUCGCUGUAAACAAAUAACUAUGCUGGCACGGUUUGUUCUUGUACUUUGUUUGGCAGCCUUGGUAAGAGCGGCUGCUAUCCCCGAUGGCUCCAUAGUACCAGACUGUUCUCAACACUCCUUGCCCAUAUGUCAACGGGACUAUAACCCAGUCUGUGGCACAGAUGGAGUCUCAUACUCAAAUGAGUGCAUGCUGUGUCUGGAAAAUUUUGAGAAAAAGAUCAACGUAUUAAUCUCCAAAAUGGGUACAUGCUGAGCCAGAUCCACUUGUUUUAUUUGGAAUGUGACAUGAAGGCUGGAACCACAUGUUGCUUUUUAAUUUUCUUUUUAGUUUUAAAAUGAAGAACUUCAUGUUUUUUAUAUAUAAUCUUUAAAUAAAACUUUGAUAUACGA